AUGGUCACCGGCUGCGCCACCUUCUGCUCUGGUGGUGACGCCGGGAGCCUGCCAAAGAUCGCAAUUAAUGGCAUCCACAACAAGAACUGCUACGGCGUGGGCUGCUGUCAGGCGCCCAUCCCCACGUCCAUAGACGGCAUGCCCAACGAGCUGAUGCUGAGCUUCGAGUUCGCCGACCUCGUGCAAAACGUGUCAUGGGCCGUUCGUCAUCGUCGUCGCCACCCCGAGCCUGUCGUCGCCCGCUCCCCGUCGCCGUCGCCCCGCGCCGCCGCAGGCCUUGUCCCCGUCGCUGCUUGCGCCGUCGCCGGCCUCCUCCUCAUCGCUGCGUGCGCCAUCUCCGGCCCCCUCCCCGUCGCCCCGCGCCGCGUCGCCGGCCUCCCCUGCGUCGUCGCCGGCCUCCUCCUCGUCCCCGGCCUCCUCCCCGUCGUGCCCCCAGUGAGCUCCCCCCUUCCCAUCGAUCCCUGCUUACCCGAGGCCGACGCCAACGCCAAGCCUGUUGAGGUAGCUACCGGCAUCUGCUCCAGCAAGCACAGCCAUUAUAUAUCUUGGAACAGAGGCUACUAUUGCCAGUGUGAUGGUGGCUACAUCGGCAACCCAUACCUUGUCGACGGCGGGUGCACAAAAGAAGCUCAAAAGGAAUUCAUGACCGCGAAAAGUGCACUUGUACUUGAAAUAGUCGCCUGUGUAGUGAUGGGCAUUGCGAUAAUCAUGGUAGUGGUCGCAAGAUGGGAAGGCAUAAAAGAUAUCAGGGCAAACAAGUUAAAACGGAAAUUCUUCGAGAAAAAUCAUGGUCAGUUGUUGCAGCAGUUGAUUUCUCAGAGUGCCAGUAUUGCAGAAAGUAUGAUCAUGACCUUGAAAGAGCUAGAGAAGGCAACACACAAUUUUCACAAAGAUCUUGAGGUUGGUGGUGUAGGGCAUGGUACAGUUUACAAAGGUAUUUUACCGAACCAACAUGUUGUAGCCGUCAAGAAGCCAAACAGAAUGGUGCAGAAGGAGAUCAACGAGUUUAUCAAUGAGGUGGUUAUUCUAUCACAAAUCAACCAUAGAAAUGUAGUAAAACUCUAUGGUUGUUGUCUUGAAACUGAAGUCCCAAUAUUGGUCUAUGAGUUCAUAUCCAAUGGGACCCUUUAUGAGCAUCUUCAUCUCGAAGGCCCAAAAUCAUUGUCUUGGGAUCACAGGUUGAGGAUAGCCAUGGAGGCAGCAAAAUCCCUCGCAUAUCUUCACACAGCCGCUUCAACACCUAUCAUCCAUAGAGAUGUUAAGUCUGCCAACAUACUUCUAGAUGACACUCUCACAACAAAAGUAGCAGAUUUUGGAGCAUCAAAGAAUAUUCCAGUCGAUAUAUCUGGUGUUGCUACAAGGGCUCAAGGCACGAGAGGGUACUGGGAUCCUAUGUACUUUUACACAGGACGGCUCACGGAGAAGAGUGAUGUUUAUAGCUUUGGGGUUGUCCUGGUAGAACUGUUAACAAGGAAGAAACCAUUUUCAUAUUCGUGGUCUUCGGACAAAGAUGAAGUCGGUUUUGUUGAACAUUUUGUUAACUUGUUUGAAGAAGACAAUUUGCUCCAGAUAUUAGACCCACAAGUUAUCGAGGAAGGUGGCAAAGAAGUCAAAGAAGUGGCCUCUGUUGCAGUUGCAUGCAUAAAGUUAAGAAGAGAGGAUCGGCCCACGAUGAGACAAGUGGAGAUGACACUUGAAGGCACACGCACAUCCAAGGAUCAUGCUUUAGAUAAUGCAUUUCCAUCUGAAGAAGUUGAAAGCAACACAAACAGGUCGAUCAGACGGUAUAGUAUGGAACAAGAGUUCAUAUUGUCUGCAGAGUAUCCUCGGUAG